AUGGCCAAUACACUGUCGGGGAAUCCUUAUGACGAUGAUCAUGCCGUGCUCGACGAUGAUUUCCUCAACGACGAGGUUGAGCCGGAUGAGCCUUCAUACAGUACAUCCGACCGGGCACCUUUAACAGGCAACAUUCAAUCGUCAUCCUCGUCUUCACAACCACCCAUCAACCAAGGUUAUCUAACGUCCCGAGUGCCAGGUGAAGAUAGAAGAGCUCCGCAGAACACGAUUGACGAAACAGUAUGGGCAACGGUCUCAAGAGAUCUAUGGGCGGUGUGGGAGAAGAUGAUGCAAGUUCUCUGGCCCAAAUACCUCCUUGGAGGGCUCUUGCAGCGACAAGGGGCAGGAACAGGAGAUGUGGAGAGUCAAGGAUUCGGCCACGAUAUUCGAGGACUGGUUGGAAGAUGGCCCGAUGCCGAUGGUAUUCUUCAAGGAGGCAUGAGUGAUGGUCUAAGAGAUUGGGAUCUGUGGGGACCUCUCAUCUUUUGUCUACUGCUCAGCAUGUUCUUAUCAUACCGAGCUCCCGAGAGCCAGACCGACCUGGUCUUCUCGGGAGUUUUCUCACUGGUAUGGAUUGGUGAAGCUGUGGUGACUCUGCAGAUCAAAUUGCUCGGCGGAAACAUAUCCUUUAUGCAAUCAGUAUCCAUUAUCGGGUACACAUUGUUCCCACUGACGAUUGCAGCCCUUCUCAGCGCUGUUGGGUUACCCAUGAUUGCCAGAAUACCAGUGUAUAUUGUCCUGGUUGCCUGGUCCCUGGCGGCUGGGGUCAGUAUACUUGGUGGCUCAGGAGUGGUGAAGAAUCGAGUGGCAUUGAGUGUGUAUCCUCUGUUUGUCUUCUAUCUCGGGCUGGGAUGCCUAUGUUUUGUCAGCUAG